AUGAGGGACAGCAGGGACAUGAGGGACACCAAGAGAUCCCGGGCCCCCGGGGCCGGGCCACCCCCGGCGCUGCGGGCAGCCCUGCGAGCCGCCCCCGAGGCGCUGGCCCACGCCGCCAACUUCCUCAACAUGCUCUUCCAGACCAACGACAUCCGCGAGGCCAGCGUGGCCGAGGACGUGGAGUGGUACCAGGCGCUGGUCCGCAGCCUGGCCGAGGGGCACCCGUGGGUGCGCAGGGCGGUGCUGGCCCUCGACGCCCACCCGCUGGCCCCCAAGCCCCGGCUGAUGCUGCAGGCCACCAAGGGGGACGGUCAGAUCCUGCUGCAGGACGUUUCCAACUCCGCUCCCAGCCUGGGCAACCUCAGCUGGGACAACGAGUGGUUCAACGCGCUCAAGUCGCAGCGGGCGCCGGGGCUCCGCAAGCGGGUGCUCAGCAAUGACCUGCGCAGCCUGGAGACCCCCAAGUGGCAGCGGGGGGACAGCUACGUGGGGGACCCGGGCCACGUGCGCUGGUCCCCGCCGUUCCUGGAGUGCCGCGAGGGCCGGUUCCUGCCCGCCUGGGCGGUCACGCUCUCCUCCGCCUUCUACGGGCUCAAGCCGGACCUCAGCCCCGAGUUCAAGGGGGUCGUGCGGGUGGACGUGGAGCUGCGGGAUGUGGCCAUCGACCAGUGCUCCAGCGGGCCGGGCUGGUUCUCGGACACGCAUCGCUGUGACCUCAACAGCAGCCAGCUGCUCUCGCACCGCGGCGAGAGGUUUAUUGUGCAAAUCUUCCCUCCCCACCGCCGUGUGACCCGGCUGCUCCCUGCUCGGCCACCGCGGGGACGGCGGGGACAGCGGGGACAGCAUCACCCCACCCCGGGGGGCGCGACAGCGGAGCCCGAGGGGGGUGUGGCAGGGACAGACGGGGGGUCCCGCCUGGGGUGCCGGCCGUGCCGCCCGGGCUGUGCCACCUGUGAGGACGACACUCCCUGCCUGAUCCAGGAGGACCAGGUGCUGCGGGCAGCGGUGCUGUCGUGCCAGGCCUGCUGCAUGCUGGCCAUCUUCCUCAGCAUGCUCGUGUCCUACCACUUCCGACGGAGCAAGAGGAUCCGGACGUCUGGAAUCAUCCUGCUGGAGACCAUCCUCUUCGGGUCCCUCCUCCUCUACUUCCCCGUGUUCAUCAUGUACUUCAAGCCGAGCAUCUUCCGCUGCAUCAUCCUGCGCUGGGUGAGGAUGCUCGGCUUCGCCAUCGUCUACGGCACCAUCACCCUCAAGCUCUACAGGGUGCUGAAGGUGUUCCUGUCCCGCACGGCCCAGCGCGCUCCCUACGUGUCGAGCGGGCGGGUGCUGCGGAUGCUGGCGCCCAUCCUGCUCCUGGUGCUGUGGUUCCUGGCCGCCUGGACCAUCGGCAUGCUGGAGAACGCCCGCAAGAACAUCCCGCUGGUCAUCCGUGCCCAGACCACCCGCGGCCUCCACUUCUCCAUCUGCGGCCACGACUGCUGGGAUUACAUGAUGGUCAUCGCCGAGAUGCUGCUGCUGCUGUGGGGCAGCUUCCUGUGCUACGCCACGCGUGCCGUGCCCUCGGCCUUCCACGAGCCCCGCUACCUGGGCAUCGCCCUCCACAACGAGCUCAUGGUCUCCGCUGCCUUCCACGCCGUCAGGUUCCUGGUUGUCCCCUCGCUGCACCCGGACUGGACUCUGCUGCUCUUCUUCGCUCACACCCACGGCACCAUCACCAUGACCCUGGCCCUGCUCUUCAUUCCCAAGUUCCUGCACACGGGCUCGCCGCUGCGGGAGGAGAUCACGGCCGAGGUGUACGAGGACGAGCUGGACAUGCGGCGCUCGGGCUCCUGCAUGAACAGCAGCAUCGCGUCCGCCUGGAGCGAGCACAGUCUCGACCCCGAUGACAUUCGGGAGGAGCUGAAGAAGCUUUACCGGCAGCUGGAGGUGCACAAGACGUGGCGGAUGGCGACCAACAACCCGCACCUGGCCAAGAAACGCAGCUCCCGCCGCAGCCUGGUCCGCUCCAUCCUGCGCCGGAGCGGGACCGAGCUGGCCGAGAGCCGCAGCAGCAGCGGGGACCGCCCGGGGACCCUGUCCCGCCGCAGCUCCUCGGCCAAGCGGCUCGUGGAUGCCGGCGGGACCGGCCUGAGGAUGCGGGACGAAAGCUCCCGGCGCCGCUCCUCAGCCCUGCGCAAAUCCCGCAGCUCCGAGGGGCCCCCGCGGCCGCCCCGCCGAGGGUCGCGCACCCCCAGCCCGCCCCAGGAGCCUCCGGCGGCGGCGGUGCCGGACUCGGAGCAAUCGGACAGCGACUCGCUGGACGCCGCCCCGCUCCUGUGCAAAUCGGCCAGCGCCCAAAACCUGGCGGGGCACCGGCAGCCACCCCCGGGCCGCGCUCCGCCCUUGCAGAAGUCGCACAGCGUUGUCGCCGGGGCUCGGGAAGUGGCGCUGCUGGCCGCCCGCAGGGCCGCCCGUGAGCAGUGGCCCGGCAGCCGCCACCUCUCGGAGCCGGCCCCGGGGGUCCCCGGCGGCACCGCGACCCCGCAGAGCCCCGCCGAGAGGGGCUCGCAGGAGGACGCGGCCCCGCUGGGCGAUGCCAGGGGACACAAACGUGUCACCUACGCGCCCGUCAAAAGCGUCAGCGUUGACGGCGCCCACCCGCCCAGGAGGGUGAGGGUGACGGUGAAGAAAACCCCACCUCCGCCCCCCGUCCGCUACCAGAGCCUGCAGCGCUCGGGGACGCUCGGGGACGGGCCGGAGCCACCCCCGGGUCCCCCGGCACGGGCGGGAGGGGCGCAGGGGACAGCAGGGGACGAUCCCGAGCGAGGGGCGCAGGGGACAGCAGGGGACGAUCCCGAGCGAGGGGCGCAGGGGACAGCAGGGGACGAUCCCGAGCGCGCGGCCCCCCCAGGGGCAGGGAAGGGCAGGCUGCUGACCCCGACCGCCACCUCGGCACACAUCUGUCCCUGGGAGCUGGUCCAGGACGAGAUCCUGAGCAGGAAACAAAAAGCGGCCGAGGCAGCAGAGUCCGGGACCCCCGGUGACACAGAGGCCACCACCCCCGGCCCCAAACCGCCCCCCCAGAAGAGUUUCCGGAGCCUGGGACUCGCCAUCAAAGCCCUCAACCGCUCCAGGGGGAAGAGCAUCCUGAAAGGGAAAAGCGAGGGGAGCCUCAGGAAGAGGGGGAGCAGCAGGAGGGAGAAGUCCGGCCUGGCAGAGGCCUCGGCCGCGUCCCUCGGGGGGGUCAGCCCGGAGCCCGCUGCCAAAAGCCCCGAGAGGAGCGGGCAGAGCCUCGAGGUCCCCGCCCUCCAGCACAACAACAACGCCGCCACCCCCGGGGAAGCGGCGGACUGGGGGGACAGCGGGACAGGAGGACAAUGGGACAGCCUGGCCCCGGGGACAGGCCAUGGGGACAAAGCGGCGGAGGAGCCCAGCACUGCCCGAGGGGACGCGGGUCCUGCUGGGGGUCUGGAGCCACCCAGCGCUGGCCAGCAAGGAGCUGGAUGUCCCCCGGAGGUGACACGGGCACAGCCCCAGGAAGGGGACGAGGCUCCCGCAGCGGAUCUGGGGCAGGACGGUCCUGGGCUCACAGCGGAGGAAGGGACACUUGAACAGCUCCAGGGGACCAGCAGAUCCGUCCAGCCCCGGGAGCACCCUGAGGAGGAGCAGCCGCCUGCGGAGCCCACCCCGAGCGGAGCCCGGCUCUCCCCGGGCAGCGUGCGGGGCGCGGCGGGGACCAAGCCGCGGGCUGAGGUUUGUCCGCCCGGAGCGCUCGGAAUCCCGGCAGGAAGGGGAGCCCUGCUGCGCCAGGAGGCGAUCGCUCCCCGGGAGGACGGGGGGGUCCCAGAGAGCCCGGACAAGGCGCUGGAAAAGGGGAGCAGCCAGCCCGAGCCUGGAAGGAGCUGGAGCGGGGCCGGGAGCGCGCAGGGAGAGCUCAGUCCUGGAGGAACGCGGGGAGAUUCCAGCUCCAAAGCAGGAAUCCGCCCUGGGAAGGGCAGUGAGGGGGAUUCUCAGCGCUCUCCGGGCGUGGAAAAACCACCCGAAGUGCCGAAAGUCGCCCCGGAACAAGCGGAGGGCAGCAGGGCUGAGGUGUGCCCGUGGGAGAGCCGGGAGCAGGGAAGGAGUGUCCGAGCAGAAAUCUGCCCCUGGGACACAGAGGGGGCUCCACAGGAGCAGGAGGGGCAGGGAUCCCCAAAAAAAGGUGUGGAACAGCCUGGGAUGGGGCUCGCAGGAAAACCCCCAGCUCUAGCCAAACCCUCAUCCCAGCGGGCUGGAACCACAGAGAGCAAAAAGGCGAACGUCUGUCCCUGGGAGGUGGAGGAUGAGGCGAGCCCAAAAACAGAGAUCUGCCCGUGGGAACAGGCAGCACCUCCGUCGGGGAAAGAGACAUUGAGGCAGGACACGAGUGACACUUCCAAGGGGGAGGAAAAAGUGGGAUCCAGAGCACUAGAAAAAGGAAAGCAGCCCCCAGCCAAAGCCCUGCCUAAAUCUCCUUCAGGGAAAUCCCAGAGCUCGGAGAAAGCAGAGAUCUGUCCCUGGGAGACUCAGGAAUCUAAAUCCAGUGAUAAAGCUGAGAUCUGUCCCUGGGAAGUGGCUGAACCUCAGCUGGAGAAGGGAACAGCUCCAGGAAAGGAGAAACUCCCACCAAAACAAGUCUCCAAAGCUCUGGAGAAGGGGAGCAGAGAGAGGGAAUCGAUCUGUCCUUGGGAGUCUCAGGACUCUAAAUCCAGUGACAAAGCUGAGAUCUGUCCCUGGGAAGUGGCUGAACCUCAGCUGGAGAAGGGAACAGCCCCGGGAAAGGAGAAACUCCCAGGAAAACAAGCUACAAAUGCUCUGGAGAUGGGGAGCAGAGACCGAGUGUCUGUCUGUCCUUGGGAGAGUCAGGACAUGGAGCAGCCUCCAUCCAAAUCCCACAUCGGGACCUCAGCAGUGCCCAAAGCACCUCCAGGGAAAUCCCAGAGCUCGGAGAAGGCAGAGAUCUGUCCCUGGGAGGUUGAAUCCAGUGAUAAAGCUGAGAUCUGUCCCUGGGAGACUCAGGACUCUAAAUCCAGUGACAAAGCCCAGAUCUGUCCCUGGGAGACUCAGGAUUCUAAAUCCAGUGACAAAGCCCAGAUCUUUCCUUGGGAAGUGGCUGAACCUCAGCUGGAGAAGGGAACAGCUCCAGGAAAGGAGAAAGUCCCACCAAGAGAAGCCACAAAACCUCUGGAGAAGGGGAGCAGAGAGAAGGAAUCGAUCUGUCCAUGGGAGAGUCAGGACAUGGAGCAGCCUCCGGCCAAAUCCAGCACCAGAAGCUCAGCAGUGCCCAAAGCAGCUCCAGAGACAUCCCAGAGCUCAGAGAAGGCAGAGAUCUGUCCUUGGGAGGUCGAAUCCAGUUACAAAGCCGAGAUCUGUCCCUGGGAAGUGUCAGAGCCUCCCUCCCAGCAGCCAAAGCAGGUCCCUGCUGGGGGCUCCAAGGGGGACAAGCGCAUCACGCGCCAGGCAGCGCUGGCCAGCCCGGAGAGAUCCCUGGACAGCAGAGACCGAGUGUCCGUCUGUCCCUGGGAGAGCCCGGACACGGAGCAGCCUCCGGCCAAACCCCACAUCGGGACCUCAGCAGUGCCCAAAGCACCUCCAGGGAAAUCCCAGAGCUCGGAGAAGGCAGAGAUCUGUCCCUGGGAGACUCUGCCCAAAGCACCUCCAGGGAAAUCCCAGAGCUCGGAGAAGGCAGAGAUCUGUCCCUGGGAGACUCGGGACUCUAAAUCCAGUGACAAAGCCCAGAUCUGUCCUUGGGAGUCUCAGGAUUCUAAAUCCAGUGAUAAAGACGAGAUCUGUCCUUGGGAGACUCAGGACUCUAAAUCCAGUGACAAAGCUGAGAUCUGUCCCUGGGAAGUGGCUGAACCUCAGCUGGUGAAGGGAACAGCUCCAGGAAAGGAGAAAGUCCCACCAAGAGAAGCCACAAAACCUCUGGAGAAGGGGAGCAGGGAGAGGGAAUCGAUCUGUCCAUGGGAGAGUCAGGACAUGGAGCAGCCUCCGGCCAAACCCCGCACUGGGAGCUCAGCAGUGCCCAAAGCACCUCCAGGGAAAUCCCAGAGCUCGGAGAAGGCAGAGAUCUGUCCCUGGGAGACUCAGGAAUCUAAAUCCAGUGAUAAAGCCGAGAUCUGUCCUUGGGAGACUCAGGACUCUAAAUCCAGUGAUAAAGCUGAGAUCUGUCCUUGGGAAGCGGCUGAACCUCAGCUGGAGAAGGGAACAGCUCCAGGAAAGGAGAAACUCCCACCAAAACAAGCCACAAAUGCCCUGGAGAAAGGGAGCAGAGAGAGGGAAUCGAUCUGUCCUUGGGAGUCUCAGGACUCUAAAUCCAGUGACAAAGCCGAGAUCUGUCCCUGGGAAGUGGCUGAACCUCAGCUGGAGAAAGGAACAGCUCCAGGAAAGGAGAAAGUCCCAGGAAAACAAGCCACAAAUGCCCUGGAGAUGGGGAGCAGAGACAGAGUGUCCGUCUGUCCCUGGGAGAGCCCGGACACGGAGGAGCUCUCCCUGAAAACUGCAGUGGGGAAGGAGCCAUCCAAGAAAUCCGACAGCGCGGAGAGCAGGAAAUCUGAAAUCUGUCCCUGGGAAGCCGCAGAGCCCAUGGGGUCAGAGGAGGAAAUCUCCCAGCCAAAGGGAGCGCACAGAGAUUCCCCAGCAGGGAUGGGACAGGCAGGAGCCAGCGCCGUGUCUCCAACACUUCUGGAAAAUUCCAGGGGCAGAUCCCGUGGGGAAGCCGAGCACAGGCCCCUGUGCCGGCUCCUGCCCGGCGUGCAGCGCCCAGGGGUGGGCAGCAGCUCCAGCCCCAGCACUGGCCUGGCCGAGGUUUGUCCUUGGGAAGCUGGAGAGGCUCCAGCGCCUGCCAGGCACGGCUCGGACACGAGGAAAAGCUCCGAGGUGUGUCCGUGGGAGGAGGAGAGCGCGGAACCGUCCCAGAGCUGCCCCGGGCAGGGCAGAGCUGGGGGGAGCUCCCGGGAUGGGGGUGGGGUGUGAGGGGA